GACACAGUAAAACUAUCGAAAUUGUAGAGAGCGACGAAGAAGUUGCUCCGGUAGAAUUGUUAAGAAAAGUGAUAAUCAAACGCGGAUUAUUGCUUCAAAAGUUAUUAAAUGCAUUAAUUAAAUGCACAAAAGUGCGCUGGCGUCCUAAGUAACACACGAAAAGUGUCAAAAGUGAAAAGUAAAAGUUUGAGCCGACUGAUUUUCAACUGGCCAGCAUAAUAUAUAUAUACACACACUAACAGAUGUACACAUAAUGUACAUUUAAAGUAUUAGUAUUAUUAUUAUUAUCAUUGUGAGAGUGUGUGAAGAGUGCAAUACAAAAAUUUGGUUGGCAAACGCCUAAAAACAUUUGGCAAAAAAUCUUGUUCGCAGUAAAAGUGAAGAAAGUGCAUUUUUUAUAUGGUCGCUGCUGCCGCUGCUGCUGCACAAAGGGCUGGGGCCGUUGGCUGCUGCUAGGAGUUGCCCUCGUCGUCGUCGUCGUCGUCAUCGCCGUCGUCGUCGUUGCCGUCGCCAAAAACUUUCGUCUCCGCAGAAAUAUGCGUUGGCUUGAGGAGGAGGCAACAUGCAGCACCAGCACCAACAACAACAACAAUAGCAACACACUGCGUAACACGUAUAACAGUAACAACAACAACUACAACUACUCACCAUAAUAACAAACAACAAUCAUCAUCAUACAAACAAGAACAACAACAACAACAACAUCCACAUAAUCAUCAUAAUUAUCAUCUCUGCUUAAGAGUUGUUGUUGCUUUUGCUGUUUAACUGCAACACGACCACUUAUCACUGCCACCCGUCUACGUUGUUGUUGUCAUUUGUUGCCGAAAAGAAAAAAAAGAAAAAACAAAACAAAAUUUGUCUCCGAAGCAGCCAGGCCCAUUGCACCCAAGGAGCUCGCUGCUCAGGCCAUAGAGGCGCCACCCCGCCCACCCAGUGGAAUGUUGGAAUAUCCACAGCGAUUUGCGCGCAACAUCCCCAAUUCCUCUGGCAACGCAGCAACAGCUACGAGCUCGCCGCAGUAUCCACCGCAGCUGCCGCAGCAUCAAAACUAUCCAAGUUGUGCCUCACCAGUGCAUCAUCAGCGACACUCUUCGCUCCAACAGCAACAACAACAGCAACAACAACAACUGCAACAACAAUUGCAACAGCAACAGCAGCAAUCGCUGCAGCAUCAUCGCACACUGUCGACAGCCUCCAGCUGCAGUGCCCAGCAGCACAAAAGUGUGACCUUCGGCCAGCCAGCGAACAGCGGCUGCCCGGCGCCGAUCAUUGACUACAACAACGGCGGCAGCAGCAGCGGCAACUCCAGUUGCAGCGCCGGCACGGCCAACAACGCUGGACAACAAUCAAUGGCGGGCAACAUGAAGCACGGCAAAUCUCAGGAAGACGUUUGCUACGUGGUAGCCAAAUAUGAUUAUGCAGCCCAGGGUGCACAGGAGCUGGAUCUGCGCAAGAAUGAGCGCUAUCUGCUGCUGGAUGACUCCAAGCACUGGUGGCGUGUACAGAACAGUCGCAAUCAGUCCGGCUAUGUACCCAGCAAUUAUGUGAAGAAGGAGAAGCCAUCGCUCUUCGACAGCAUCAAGAAGAAGGUGAAAAAGGGUUCCGGCUCGAAGACGCUGCCCAAUUGUUCGCCCUCGCGCCAAAUCGAGAGUCCAACCAUGUCACGCCGCUUGCCCCCAGAUCCGGCCGAGGCUAUUGGCACCGCCAUUGUUAAGUACAACUAUCAGGCACAGCAGCCGGAUGAACUAUCGCUCACCAAAGGCACACGCAUCCUCAUCCUGGAGAAGUCAAAUGAUGGGUGGUGGCGUGGCCAGAGUGGCAACUCGGUCGGCUGGUUUCCCAGCAACUACACAACCGAAGAUUGUGAUAACGAUGGUGAGAUCCAUACCUAUGCCAUGGCGGAGAACGUGCUGGACAUUGUGGUGGCGCUGUAUAGCUUCACAUCGAACAAUGAUCAGGAGCUGUCGUUUGAGAAGGGCGAUCGUCUCGAGAUCGUUGAUAGGCCCGCCUCCGAUCCCGAUUGGUAUAAGGCACGCAAUAAUCAAGGACAAAUUGGUUUAGUUCCACGCAAUUAUCUACAAGAGUUGAACGACUACUUGGCCACACCCUAUCGCAAUACAAGCGGCAAUGCUGGCAACGGCAACACCGCCGCCAGCAGCAACGGUGCCAGCAACAAUGCCGCCGGCAACGGUGGCGGUGGUGAUUCCAUGGAGCGUCGUAACGACUGCAACAACAAACCAUCAACUCAACCAGCUCAGCCCAUCGAGCGUCCGAAUUUGGCGGGCAAAUCGUGGUACUAUGGCGCCAUCACACGCAGCCAAUGCGACACGGUGCUCAAUGGCCAUGGACACGACGGUGACUUCCUCAUCAGAGACAGCGAGACUAAUAUGGGUGAUUACUCGGUUUCCUUGAAGGCGCCCGGUCGCAACAAGCACUUCCGUGUGCAUGUCGAGCAGAAUAUGUACUGCAUUGGGCAGCGCAAGUUUCAUUCGCUGGAUCAGUUGGUUGAGCACUACCAAAGAGCGCCCAUUUAUACGAACAAGCAGGGCGAGAAGCUGUAUCUGGUGCGACCGCUGCCCAAGGCCAAUGGCACGUAAAUGGCAUCCCACACAAAAAACAACAAAACAAAAAGAAAAAUGGGUUGGAAUGAGGCCCAUAAUCUCUUAUAUAUUACUCGUAAUAUACAUAAAUACCAUAUACAACACAUACAGAACUUCAAUGAUAUAGAAAAUACGUAAAUACGUAACUAAACAUGGCUAAAACAAAUGCAACGCGUUGUCCACAAAAAUCUUUCAGUUCUUUGCUUCGCAACAGAGUAUGUAUGUAUAUAUAGAUAUAUAUAUAUAUCGGUUAAUUGUGUCCCGAUUCACGAUCAUGUGCGUUUUUGGUCAAGAUAUAAUAGACAAACAGACUUUUUGUACUUUUAUAAAAUUAUGAAAACACAAAAAAGAAAAUGGAAUAAUUCGCGUUUAAUUAAUAGUUAAUUCGGCUAGCUUUUAUCGCCUACUAAUUUGAAUAUUCUUUUCGAUUUCUCAAUUCGCUUCCUUUUGUAAACAAUUCUAUCACUCAAUUCUAGAUGUCAACAUGCAUUAUACGAUUUACAUACUCUAUAAUAUGUAUAAAUACAUAAUGAUAUAUGAUAUUUAACAAACACUGUAGCCAACUAUUGUGUACACAGCAAAGCGCUUUUAAAACCCAACACUUAAGAUAGCCUAUACGUGUGUGAGUGUGUAUGUGUGUGUUUGUAUGAGUGUGUGUGUGUGUGUGUGUAUUUGUGUGCGGGAGAGUGCACAUAAAGCCAAUUUGUCUAUUAACCAUGCGCGUGUGUGUAUUGCAAUUGCCUUAUAAGCUUUUGCCCAGAAUCUAUUUAAUACCACAGUCAUAUAACCAAUACUUUAUCGAGUAUGUAAAUAUAUUGGCGGAAACAGCUUACAAGCAAUGAGAAAACAGGCAGAGAACCAAAAUUGCACAAGCUGCUUAGCUGCUAAACUUUAGAAAAGAAAAGAACAAAAAACAAAAAGCGAUGCAAGAAACUAAAUAAUUUGUUAAUUAGCCGGACAUCGAGAAAGACAGAUAGAGAAAGAGAGAGAGAGAGAGAGAGUGAAAGAGGAGAUCCUGUUUCCUCUGACUCUUCAUCACACCCACACAAGUCAUUUUUGUUAAUACAAUUUUAAAUUAUCAUCUUACCAUAUAAUCUUACGGAAUACCAAUAAUAAUAAUAUCUAAACAAUCUGUUCUAGCCGCAUAAUUAUAAACAUAAUCAUCAUCUUACGAGAAAAAACACACAUACUUAAGUGGAGAUCCCCCCCUAUUAAACAUAAAUAAAUAAAUACAAAAUAUGAUACGCAUAUAAGCCAUGCUGUACAGUUGAUGAUGCAAUGCCUAACCUAAGCACACUUUCACAUAUGCAUACAUACUUUAUAUAUAUAUAUA